AUGUUGCUGUCGCUGCUCCUCGGGCUCCUCGAGGAUCCUCCACUACAGCCCCGAGGAAGGCCAACGGCGCCAGCGAGUCAAUACCCGCUGCCAUUGGUUUAUACUGACUUAUACUGGUUUCUACUGGUUGUUACCACUUUAUACUGGUUUCUACUGGUUUCAACUGGUUUCUACUGGUUUCCACCCCUACAGAUCCUCCACUACAGCCCCGAGGAAGGCCAGUGGGUGGCUCCGGGCCCGUUCUUUGACGUUCUGAGCUGGAACGGCUCGCGGGGCACGCGGGACCUGCAGGACCUGUCGGUGUGGCUGGCGGCCGUGGGCCGGGCCCACGCCGGCCACUACGUGUGCGGCCUGCGCAGGAACCUGACCUUCGAGGGCUACACCUACAGCCUGGCCAGGAACCAGAGCCUGCGAUUGGCUGUGGUGGAGCCAGCCCGCCGGGACCUGGCCUCCAUCGUCUCCGAGAUCCUCAUGUACGUUCUCAUCGUGGUGCUCACGCUCUGGCUGGCGGCCGAGAUGCUUUACUGCUACCGCAAGGUGGCGGCCGCCGCCCCGCCCCCCGACAGCGCGUGA